AUGCCAACCGUUCACCUUUUGGACUACGUUGCGGGCAACAUCCGCUCUCUGGUCAAUGCGAUCAAUCAAGUCGGGUACGAAGUGGAAUGGAUCAAGACCCCCGAGGAUGUGAAGAAUGCGGAUAGAUUGAUCCUCCCUGGAGUUGGUCACUUUGGCCAUUGUCUCUCGCAACUCGACAAAGGCGGCUUUCUAGGUCCAAUCCGGGAACACAUUGACGCGGGCAAGCCGUUCAUGGGUAUUUGCGUCGGUCUGCAGGCCCUUUUCCAAGGUUCCGAGGAAGAUCCCAACGUCCCAGGACUGGGUGUGAUUCCCAUUCGCAUUCGAAAAUUCGAUGAUUCGACCAAGAGCGUGCCGCACAUCGGGUGGAACUCGGCAUUGAACACCGGAGCCGCGUCGAAUGAGCAAAGCUUCUACGGACUGAGACCAUCAAGCAAGUACUAUUAUGUACACUCCUAUGCUGCACUCUAUGAGGCUGGUGUCCUUGAAAAAGAUGGCUGGUCCGUCGCCACAGCCACCUAUGGCGAGCAGGAGUUCAUCGGUGCAAUCAGCCGAGACAAUAUCUUUGGUGCACAGUUCCACCCCGAAAAGAGCGGCGUGGCAGGAUUACGGGCCAUUCGGGCUUUUCUGACCGGUGAUCAAUUCCAGUCACUCCCCCAAGAGUUGGCUGUGAGCAAAGCAGAUGGAUUGACUCGUCGCGUUAUUGCUUGCCUCGAUGUGCGGACGAAUGAUUCCGGUGAUCUUGUCGUCACCAAAGGGGACCAAUAUGAUGUGCGCGAAAAGAGUGGAACAGAUGCCGGCGGCCAGGUUCGAAACCUGGGCAAGCCCGUUGAUAUGGCCAAGAAGUAUUAUGAACAAGGGGCGGAUGAAGUGACAUUCUUGAACAUUACUUCCUUCCGGAACUGCCCACUUGUGGACACACCUAUGCUCGAGAUCCUACGUCGAACAUCCGAAACCGUGUUCGUGCCUUUGACCAUCGGUGGUGGUAUCAAAGACACCGUUGAUACCGACGGGACUCACGUCCCCGCCCUGGACGUAGCGACAAUGUAUUUCAAGUCCGGCGCAGACAAGGUUAGCAUUGGCUCAGAUGCUGUCUUUGCCGCAGAAGACUACUAUCUAGCUGGUAAGAAGUUGAGUGGUCUUACUGCGAUUGAGACUAUCUCUCAGGCUUAUGGAAAGCAAGCUGUGGUGGUGAGCGUGGACCCCAAGCGUGUCUAUGUGAACCGACCCGAGGACACCAACCACCACACUCUCAAAACUGCAUCCCCUAAUGCUGCUGGGCAAAGCUAUUGCUGGUACCAGUGCACUGUCAAAGGAGGUCGGGAAACUCGCGACAUUGAUGUGCGACAACUCGUGCAGGCCGUUGAGGCAAUGGGAGCGGGAGAAAUCCUGCUGAACUGUAUUGACAAGGACGGGAGCAACAGUGGAUUUGACUUGGAGCUGAUCAAUGAUGUCAAAGCUGCGAUCAAAAUCCCAGUGAUCGCUUCCAGUGGUGCAGGAAAUCCUGGUCAUUUUGCAGAGGUCUUCAGCAAGACCACUACGGAUGCCGCAUUGGGAGCAGGCAUGUUCCACCGUGGGGAAUAUACCGUGAGUCAGGUCAAGAAUUACCUGCAGGAUGACGGAUUCCUGGUACGGCAAUUUGAAUCUGAGCUCUAA